AGCCAUGCUUUUUCAGGAUUUAUCUUUGCUACAAAACAGCUAUGAGCUACUCAUAGAUCACAAAUCUGUUAACCUACAGUUUAUCGCACAAAUCGCAGGAAGGUGUAGCUUUCAGAUGCCAAUGCUCAACGGCUCAACAUCUGCGUCCCAAUUUUUCACCCUUCCUUUUAGGAGGAAAAAGCAACGCUAUACGAUCAACCCUCCAGAUGUGUGCUACAAUGUGAUCUACUUGGGAAAUGUUCUUACCAUAAUGGCAGGAGGAGAGCACUGUUUUGAAAAGCCUCUUGAUCUGAUCUGGAAGGCUUAUUGCAACAGAAGCGACGGUGAUCUCAACAUGGGUCUAGAGAUCACCAGAUCAGGAUUGAAAGCGGAGACUAAGGAGCAGGGUCUUACUGAAUAUUGGGCUCACCGCAUAACUUCCUCAGGUGCACCGGCAAACUAUCCUAGAAUAUUUUGCUGGAUUUACAAGCAUGAUGGCAAAAGGCUUAAGCCGGAGCUUCGAUGUCAUGCAGUUCUCUGUAAGAGAACUUCUGAUCCUUUGAUUAUCCAUACUAAGUUGCAGGAUUUCCUACACACAGCUUUACAGGAGUACAGACGAGAAAAGUUAGCAGUCCAGAACUCCCGUCUAAAUGGUUCAGCCGGCUGUCCUCGUCGGAAAAAACUACUACAUACGGGAAGCCUGAAUUUUCGGCCACCUGUAUGCCGCUCCAAAUCGGCCCCACGUCUAGGGAGUAUAGAUGAAGAGCAGGAAGAGCCUGAGAUCAAUAGCGAGUCAGUAUGCUAUCGUGCAGAGCCAGACCGCGUGGAAAGUUCAUCCGAUCCUUCCUCAAACGCGGCUUCUGCAAACGACACUUUGGAAGUAGCUGAAGGUGAGGCAGCGAACUGUUGCUCCGCGUAUUGCGAAGAGGAGCACCAAAUGGAAAGGCUCAAUUCUCUAGAUUUUGACAGCAUCUCAGACGAGAGCGGCUAUCAUGAAGAUAAAUUGGCUCGAGGGCAUUCGGAGGAAUCCUAUUACUCAGAUGGAGAGCUGAUAUUUUCACAGCGAAUGUCAUACACUCAUCAUCUAAUUUAUCUCCCUGAUCGGCUCGAUCGCCAAAAAAUGGCGUCGCCAUGA